AUGGAGUCUCAAACUUGGGACUACCGCAGCGGAAUUGCAAAAGAAAAGUUUUACUACAACUCGGCAACAGGUACAAAGUAUUACUCUAAGAGGGAUGUCCUUCAUUGUGCUGAAAGGGAAAAUGUCUGCCAUGAUACGCCACAAGCAACAAGUAUCGAAGACAAUAAGCUCUCUGACGACAAUACUGGUUCUAUUGAACCUAAAACAACCGAUUCUCCUGAAUGGUUACCUCCUGGUUGGAUAACGGAGGAAAGAACUCGAAAGAGUGGUUCGUUAAUGGGGAAGACUUACAUGGUAUAUAUUGAGCCUUCAACAGGAAGGAAGUUCUAUACGAAGCCAACAGUGACUAAAUAUCUCGAAACCGUCAAGCACACUGGAAACACAACCAAAAAAAUUAAAUCUUUAUCUGAAGUUGGCGAGACUCUAUCAGAGCAGCCUGAAACCAGUAGACGGCUUUUCCUUGGUAAAGGAAGCUGUGAUAGAAACAGCUCAGCGACACCUGAGCCUGAGAGCUUAAACCAAGAUAACUUUGUUGAAAAGAAUGCUGACAUUGAGAAGACAUUUGAAGAUAUUGAUACUGAAAUUCAAGUUACAGAUGAUAAAAUAGCUGUUUCCUUCCUUGGGGGCGAUAGCUUGAAUGAGCAGAAGUUUCCUGGAAGUGUGACAGAAGAACAAAUUCACAAAGCUCUGGACUCGAGAAAGUCCAAGAAAAGAGGGACUCCAAGUUUGCCUCGUCGUACUUCAAAAAGACCUGCGGGUUGUGUACCCGAGUCUCUGCCCAAUUUGGGUUUAAGCACACAAGCUCUUCAGGCUACUACUAAGAAGUCUGCACAUGAAAAUGCUGCAGCAAAUGAAUUUCCUUGGCACCCUGAAACUGAGCCGGCACGAGAGGUCACAUAUAGUGCAUCUAUAGGCAAGGAACUUGUCCCGGAGAUUGAUCCCCCGAACAAUGACGAAAAGCCACUUGCACAGAACUUGGCUAUUCCAAACAUGCAAAAGAAUCAGGAGGCAAGUGCACGAAAAGUAGAUGGAGCAAAUAAAUUUGCUCAGGAACCUGAUACUGAACCAGCACAAGAGGUUGCAAAUCACCCCUAUAUAGGCAAGGAACCAGUUCUAGAGAGAGAGUCUUCAAUCACAGUUCAAAUAGAUCCAUCAGAGAACCUGACUAUUCCGAAUGUGCAAACGAGUCGGGAAGCAACUGGUCAAAAAGUAGAGCAUAAUACAAAAUCACAAGAUUCGCAAGUUGAUUUUCCAUUUGGAAAUUUUUGGUCAGAUCCAUGUCUAGAAUUUGCAGUCCAGACUCUUACAGGGGCAAUACCAGUUGAGUAUGCUUCGACAUUUCAGGGUGAUUCACCAGCAGUUGAUGGACCAAGCAAUUCCGAACCAUCUAAGCAAAAUGUACCAGUCCAACAGUGGCCUGUAAAUCCACCAUUCCCGACCCUGGGAAAUAUGAGCUUUCCCAGUUGCAGUGGCAUCAGUUGCCAACCACCUAGCAAAGACUCGGGGAACAAGGACACAAUACAAUAG